AUGCCAGGUGUCCGCUACUAUCGUUGCCUGAGAUGCAGCAACCGUGUGAUUUCUUUAAGGUCGCUCUUCAGACACCUCCACUCUGUUCAUAGACAUGAAAGCAAUUGGAUGUGUGGCCUCAGUGGAUGCAUGAAAACAUUUCAGCUGUUCACGUCAUACAAGAAGCAUGUGUAUCGACAUCACACUAAUCUAUUUGAAAAGAAGACAACCCACACCGAGGAAGUGCUUCUUCGUGAAGCCCAAAGUGCACAGGCAGCACAAAGUGACGGUGGUGCUCCAAGUGAUGUGGAUGCUGCGGAGACUGACUUCGACCGAAUGGAGCUACUGGGGCUACAAGAAAGGAUGGCUGAAGAAGGAGAUGAUCCCAACCCCAAAUCAAGCGACUACGUUAAGCAAUUGGCACUUUUGAUUCUUAAGUGGAAAGAGCACAGGCGUCUUCCAGAGUCAACCUUAAACAAAAUAGCCAACGAUGUAAUUUUUUACAUACAGGCUAUUUUCGAAGAUGAACGAUUGCAAUCUAUCGACAAGGAUGCUGGCAAAGUGAAUGAGCUGCUGUCCGAGCUACAACUGGACCAGCUACUCACGAGAGGUAGGCGGAUGACAUACUGGAAAGCACAUUUUCCAUAUAUUGAGCCGUGCAGUGUCACUCUAAGAAUUAACUCAAAUGGAAAGGCCGACACCAUGACAUAUGUGCCUCUGUGCAGUGUUUUAAAGCUCAUUCUAGAACAUCCAACUUGGUCAGGCGACUUCAAUUCCUACAUGAAACUAGACGACCACAUGUGCUCUGUAUUUGACGGAAGUGCAUUUAGUGAACACGUCUACUUUGCCGGUGAUAGCAGUAAAAUGUGUUUGCAGCUGUAUAGCGAUGAAUUCGAAGUGUGCAAUCCGUUGGGCAGCAAACGUGGGAAACAAAAGUUGACUGCAGUGUACUUCUCUGUCUUGAAUUUUGGCGCAAAAUUCCGCUCAGCACAUGCAGGAAUACACUUGGCACUUCUAGUCAAAGACAAGCAUGUAGCCACUUAUGGUUUACCCAAGAUUAUUGCACCGCUGCUAGAAGAUGUAAGCACCCUAGAAAAUGAAGGCAUAGUUGCGAACGGUGAAGUGGCAAAGGGUUCAGUCUUCAUUAUGACCGGUGACAACCUGUCUAGUCAUAGGAUGGGCGGCUUUCAGUGCAGCUUUAGUCAUGGCAGAAUAUGCAGGUUCUGCAUGGCACUACGUCAUGAAAUUAAGCACAAGCAUGAUGAGACUGACUUUGCAUUGCGCACACCAGCUGGACACCAGCACCAUAAGAGUAUGUUGAAUGCUGGGCUGUCGACAGGGUCACUGUAUGGAGUUCAGAAAGCCUGUGCUAUCACAUCCCAGGGAUUUGAUCCAACACAGCACUUGCCCCCAGAUGUGAUGCACGAUGUUCUAGAAGGUGUUAUACCCUUCGCACUGAAGCACAUUAUUGCUUAUUUAAUUGCACAGGGCUUCUUUUCACUUCGCCAGCUGAACGAGUGCAUCCUUAGGUGGGACUAUGACCAUUGUGACGUUCGGAACAAACCAGAACCUCUUCCUUAGCAGUUCCUGCGUGGAGAGGCAGGUAUGAAACAGUCAGCCACACAGGUUUUCUGCCGUUUCCGUCAUCUGACCUUCUAUGUUGGUGACUGCAUUCCUUCAGGAAACCAAACCUGGCAACUUUACCUACUGCUUCGAGAAAUCUGCGACAUCAUCAUGAGCCGAAAAAUUCUAU